AUGAAGAGUCAGAUCUGCAUCAAGAUUGCUAUGAUUUGGGUGGACACCAAAAAGAAGGUGUUUGCUAGCGUGAUGGGGCCAAGACCACACAAAGCCCACACGCUCAUCCGUGGCCAAAGCCUCACUUCCCUCCAGGCUGGCAUCCUCAUGGCCCUCCAAUACGUACGGCUGCCAUCAACACAUUAUAACCCCAUAAUCACCCCUAAAUGCGGCCAUACCAUGGCCCGGAUCCCACCCAAUCUCGCUGACAUCUUCCGCCUUCUGGUCGGCCACACUUUCAUCUCUCUAUCGGUAAGGACUAAGGCAGGACUCCAGGAGGGGAGAAGCCGCGUCGUCUGA